AUGUGUAUGUGUGUGGCAGCUCUCUUCCCUGGAAUGAGUGUGUGUGACGAGGACGUGGAUCUGCAGAGCUGGGGCUGGACCGACCUCUCCAGUUACUCGCUGUGGGAGGAGCAGGAGCAGACGGGGAUCAUGUCCAGACGGAGCCUGCGGUUGGAUGAAGGGCUGCUGGAUCGCAGUCUGCCGCUCAGCAGCGCCUCCUUCAGUGUAGGAGGAGGCAGCUGGAGGAGCAGCAGGUCGUUGAAGUCUCGUUGUCCUCCUCCUUUCUCCUCCUCCUGCUCAGAGUCUCUCCUCCUCGGUCAGACUCCUCGUAAAGGAGUGGGUCCUCCUCUCCUGAACAGCAGCCUCCACAGCGUCGCCUCCGAUGCCUCCCUGCUCUCCUCCCUGCUGGACACGUCCUCCAUGCAGGACAACACGCUGGUCGACACAUUCUGGGGUCUGGACCACGAUGUUGAUCCCAAAGAAAGCACCGUCCUCGCCGCGCCGGGCUCCAACCCUGCAGACAGCAGCGCUCUGAUCGGCUCCGACAGCCCGAGCGUCAAACAGCCGCCGGUCCAGACGCUCAGCAGAGUUUACUGCAGAGACUGUGAACCCGACGCUCCGAGCCUCGAGAGCCGGAAACCUCCACCGUGUACUGCCGAGACCGGAGUCACAAGACCAGGACAGCUGUGGUUGGACUCCUCUGUGCUGUGUGUCAGGAGAGCUGCGUCCUGCUGCGGCUCCCUGCUGACACACAGCUGGCAGCAGGUGUGUCGGGGGCUCAACACACACGCAGCUCGUUCCAGCCGCUGUGGAGACAUGAAGGAGCGCCGGCCCAACGGAUCUCUGUGUGACGACUGUGAGGAGAACCAACGCUCAGACACAGUCACCUCCUCUUCAUCCUCCUCCUCCUCUGUGGCUUCCUGUGUGUCCAGGCUGAUGUGGAGCUUCUCUGUGUUUACAGGUUUUUGCCUCCGCAGCGUCGCUCCUCCUGCAGCUGACUCUCAGAGCAGCGGCGGCUCUCUGGCCUCUGACCCGCAGCGCCGGACGCUCUGCAGGUCCAAGCUGCAUCACCGUGUGUGUUGGUUCGGUCCAGCUGCUCUACAGUCCGUCCUUCCAGCCGUUAACAUCACCGACUGGAGGACGGCGGUGUCUGAAGUCUCCGUCCUUUCCUCCGUCUAUCUGUCGACCCGACCAGCAGCAGGAGGAGCACCGGAGGAGUCGAAGGAGGUGCAGAGCUUCAUGGAGCCGCUCCUCAGCCGACCGGCAGCAGCACAACACACGGCAGCGGAGGAAGCGGCGGCGGCGGCGGGUGAGGACUCUGAGCGGCUCGUCCUGCUGGAGCAGAGUCUGACGGCUCUGUGGGAGCACGUGGAGGCCGGAGGGCAGCGGGCGGAGCAGAGACACAGAGAGCUGCUGCAGAUGCACGCAGACCUGCAGCAGCAGAGCGGGGCAGCCGAGCCGUGGCUCAGCGGACUGAUGGACCAACAGAUAUCCGACAUCAGGAGACGGCUGGACGAGGAGAGACGGCAGCGAGAACAGGACCGACAGCAGGAUGCGAUGCAGCAGCAGAGCCAAACGUCUCGUCUGGAUCAGCUGGAGCUGCAGCUGCAGACGCUCGCCGCCAACACCGAGGUCCACCGGAGACAGGAAGCUGCAUCUUCGCCUACAACCCUUCCAGCUGCUGUCAGUGUUGGCGUGGACCGUCUGUCCCAUGAUGCUUUGCUGGCAGAGAUUUCCCGGCUGGAGGCGGCGCUGCAGGACGUGAGGCGAGACGUCGACGGUCUGUCCGACUGCCCAGGACUCAAAAGACUGGGAGGACUGGAAGGACUGGAGCAGACGGUCUCUGCUCAGGUCCGGGAGGCGUUUCAGGUUCUGGUCUAUGGGAACCAGGAAGGGGGCGGAGCCUCCAGUGAGUCUCUCCUCCAUUGGUUGUCUCAGCAUUACGUCAGCGAGGCCGACCUGCAGGAGGCGCUGUCCUCGCUGGAGCUCCGCAUCCUGCAGAACGUCAGCCUGCAGCAGCGAGGCAGCGAGGAGGCCAUCAGAGAGGCCGUCCUGCAGGCUGGGGGGGCCACGGGGGCUUCGGGGGCUUCAGGGGCCUCGGGGUCCUCGGGGGCCGCCGUCACACAGGAGGAAGUCCAGCAGAUGGUGGAGAGCGCUCUGCGUCUGUUCUCUCAGGACCGAACCGGCCGGGCCGACUACGCGCUGGAGUCUGGAGGGGGCAGCGUGCUCAGCACUCGCUGCUCUGAGACCUACGAGACGAAGGCGGCUCUGCUCAGCCUGUUCGGGGUUCCUCUGUGGUACUUCUCCCAGUCUCCAAGAGCUGUGAUCCAGCCGGACGUCCAUCCAGGGAACUGUUGGGCCUUCAGAGGCUCUACAGGCUUCCUGGUGAUCCGGCUCUCCAUGAGGAUCCUUCCCACCGCCUUCUCCCUGGAACACAUCCCCAAGAACCUGGCACCCAGCAGGACGCUGCACAGCGCCCCCCGAGACUUCAGCGUCUACGGUCUGGAUGACGAGCGGCAGGAGAGAGGGAAGCUGCUCGGCUCGUUCACCUACGACGAGGACGGAGAAGCUCUGCAGACGUACUCGGUCACUGAGAACGAGCAAACCUUCCAGAUCAUCGAGGUUCAGGUGUUGUCCAACUGGGGCCACCCGGAGUACACGUGCAUGUACCGUUUCAGAGUGCACGGCACGCCACACAGCUGA